AUGCCUAUGCCGGAACCUAUAAUCCCAAAAAAGAACAAUUUACUUUCACCAUAUUCUACUUUCUCGGCAUCAUCACCGUCAUUACCUUUAUCAUCUUCGCCAUCUUAUCCACCCUCACCAUCUUCGCCAUCUUAUCCACCUUCACAACAACAACCAUAUUAUAAUUAUCAACAAAAUAAUUUUCCCGGGACAUCUCCUAUAAUAUCUCCUACAAUUAAUACAAGUACUCCACCAUCACCAAUAAUCCAACCCCUCUCACAACUCCAUCCAAUGCAGCACCAACAACCACAAUUUUAUAAUUAUUAUAAUUAUCAACAGAACAAUGAAUCAGCUACUCCACUAAUAUCAACACCAUCUCCGGCAUCUCAUAAACAGCAAGAACAACAACCUAAAAUUGUAAAGCCUAGUUCAUUAUCGCCUAAACGGCGACCACCACCACCACCUCUGCCGCUAAAAAAAAAUACACAAAAUUGUCAAAAAUCAACUAAUCCAAAAAAAAAACCCACAAAACCACCAAUAUGGAAAUAG